CUCGGAGAUUUUAGAGUUUCAGAGUUGUCUAGAACCCAGCAACUGGGCCGGUGGCUCUGCUUGUGACAGAGUGACGAACAAUAUGGCGCCGGGAGUAGCGCUUGCUUUUGGACCAGUCGUUGUCUAAAGACCGUAGAUCGGACAGGAUGAACCUCUGCGCCCAAUAUUUACGGCAGGCAGAGGCCCUGAAGGCUGACAUGACAGAUUUUAAGCUUGGUGCAGCAGAGGUUUGGACUUCAAGGCAGGCGCUUCAGGACUUGUACCAGAAGAUGCUGGUGACUGACCUGGAGUAUGCUUUGGACAAGAAAGUGGAGCAAGAUCUCUGGAACCAUGCUUUUAAAAAUCAAAUAACAACACUACAGAGUCAAGCCAAGAACCGAGCCAACCCCAAUAGAAGUGAAGUGCAGGCCAAUCUGUCCCUAUUUCUUGAGGCAGCUAGUGGAUUCUACACACAAUUACUACAGGAGCUGUGUACUGUGUUCAACGUGGACUUGCCUUGCCGUGUGAAGUCAUCUCAGCUUGGAAUUAUCAGCAAUAAACAGACCAACACCAGCACCAUUGUAAAACCCCAACCCAGCUCUUGCUCUUAUAUCUGCCAGCAUUGUCUCGUCCACCUUGGAGACAUCGCACGAUAUCGCAACCAAACCAGCCAAGCAGAGUCCUAUUACAGACACGCAGCUCAACUUGUCCCUUCAAAUGGUCAGCCUUACAAUCAGCUGGCCAUCCUGGCCUCCUCUAAAGGGGACCACCUCACAACGAUAUUCUACUACUGCAGGAGCAUCGCCGUCAAGUUCCCUUUCCCUGCAGCCUCCACCAACCUGCAGAAAGCUCUAGCUAAAGCUGUUGAAAGCCGCGAUGAGGUCAAAACAAAGUGGAGUGUGUCAGAUUUCAUCAAGGCCUUCAUCAAGUUCCACGGUCACGUUUACCUGAGCAAGAGUCUGGAGAAGCUUAACAACCUGAGGGAAAAGCUGGAAGAACAGUUUCAGAGGCUGAUUCUGCAGAAAGCCUUCAGCUCCCAGCAGCUGGUCCACAUCACAAUUAUCAACAUGUUUGAGCUGCACCAUCUGAGGGACUUCGGCAACGAAGCAGACGACCAGACCUUCAGCUCCGAGGAGCCAAUCGGCUGGUUCCAACUUCUCGGCCUCUUCAUGUCAUUUCUGGGUGUCAUGUGUAGCCGGGCACUGCUGAACAAGAACCGAGGAGAGGAGAUCAUGGGAGAAUGUCCAUUGCCGGCCAUCAAGGUGUCCCUGGACUGGCUCAAACUACGACCAACCGUUUUUCAGGACGGUGCCGUGGACAGACGACAGUAUGUUUGGCCUUGGCUGGUGUCCAUUCUGAACAGUUUCCAACCGAAGGAAGAUGAUGUUUCCUGUGCAUCAGUGACUCCACUUCCAGAGGAGUUUGAACUGCAGGGUUUUUUGGCUCUCAGACCAGCUCUACGGACCCUUGACUUCACUAAAGGCCACCAGGGUGUUGCUGUGGACAAGGAGGGUCUGCCAGUCCGUGCCCGUCACCAGAGGCUCAUCAGCCUGGGGAAAUGGGUGGCAGACAACCAGCCAGGGCUGAUUCAGUACAAAGUCAGCGACGGCCUGCUGCUGUUCGUCACCGACAUCGAGGAACUGGCCAUCGAAGAGCCCCAAGAGAAGGAUGCCCCUGUGCUCCAGGAGUCCUCCAAUGGAGAGCAGACCCCCAACGAGGGCAACAUGGGCUUGAAGUCAGUCCUGUCCAUCGGCAAGACCCAGAACAGCGUGUUGGAGAUCGGCGAGAGGCCCGUGGUGACCUUCAAGGAGAACAUCAAGCCCCGGGAGCAGAGCAGGGAUCCCAGCCGCAUCCACCACCAGAAGGAGGCAGGGAAGGAACGGAGGGAGUUCGGCAAAGGCAACGGCACGCCGGGAAAAGGAGAGCUGAAGCGGGAUGGCAAGAGGAAGAGUGAGGUGAAGAAGAACAGCCAUGAGAAAGCUGCAGACGCAGGGAAACAGGUGAAAGCCCAGCCGGAGAUGAGGAAGACGCCAGUGUCUGAGGCCAGGAAGACUCCAGUCACUCAGACCCAGACUACCUGCUCCUCCCAGUUCAUCCCUAUCCACCACCCGGGAGCCUUCCCUCCCCUGCCCAGCCGACCAGGUUUCCCCCCUCCGGCCUAUGUGAUCCCUCCUCCCGUGGCGUUCUCCAUGAACCCCGGCUUCACCUUCUCUACGGGAAUGUCUGUCCCCGGGCCGUUCCUGCAGUCGUCCUCCCACCCUCAGCAGCCCGGUGCCCAGCAGCAGGUGCAGGUUCAGGCUGGGAAGCCGUCGCACAUUCCAUACAGCCAGCAGAGGCCGUCAGUGCCGGGGGCCAUGAACCAGGGGCCCCCACAGGGCCAGCCUCAGCAACAGCCUUCCCAGGCCCAGCAGGCCAUGCAGCAGGUGCAGCUCCAGGUCCAGGCUCUUGUCCAACAGCAGCAGUCGCCCACCAAGCCUGUGCAGCCAGGACAGCAGGGCAAAAGCCCACCUCACCAUCCUGGGAUGCAGCAGUACAUGCAGGUAGAUCAGGCUGGACAGAUGUGGGGCCAGCACCAGGCCCAGCAGCACCAGGCCCAGCAGCACCAGGCCCAGCAGCACCAGGCCCAGCAGCACCAGACUCAGCAGCACCAGACCCAGCAGCACCAGACACAGCCCACCAUGCAGAAGAUGCAGGCCAUGCAGAUGCCUGUCAAGCAGCCCUACUACAUGGGAAGCGCCCAGGACCCCCUCAAGCUCUUUGAGCAGCAGCCGUAUGCCAUGCAGACGGUGCCCCAGCAGCAACAGCAGAACAGCAUGGACAAGAAGAUGAAGUACCCGGAUGUGAAAAUGCAGGAUUUUUACUGGGAGCCUUCCUACCGCAUGGGGGAUAGCAGACAGAUCGUGGGGGAGAGGAUGGGCAAGCGGCCGCCCCCCGGGGCCUUCCACCAAGACCAGGACAACGCACCCAGAGGGCCUCCCUUUGAGGACAAGAGCUCCCCUCUUCUGCCUCCAGACCUGUUAAAAAGUAUAUCAGAUUUUGAGGAGGAGGAAGAGCUGGCCUUUACUAAGCCUCAUGGUUUCUACCAGGCCUUGGCUGGCCCUCUUAGCACUGCUCCAGGACGAAAUAUAUUUUUGCCAAAUCAGUCAAGAAUGGAGAGUGGCUCUGAGGUGAUGGGCCAGUCGUCUUCUCUCAUGCCCUUAUCUGGGUUCCCAAUUCAGGAGAGUUCCUAUCAAAACAACAGCAUUUUCAGCCAGGCCUAUGGGAAGAACAUGGCUCCCAACCCCAAGCCUGAUGCUCCCAUGCUUCACCAGGAACCUUCUCUCUACUCCCUGUUUGAAGGAACUCCAUGGUCCCCGUCCCUCCCCGCCAGCUCAGACCACUCUACACCAGCAAGCCAGUCCCCCCACUCUUCCAACCCAAGCAGUUUACCCUCUUCUCCACCCACGCACAACCAUGGCUCCGUCCCCUUCUCUAACUUCGGCCCCAUAGGAACACCCGACAGCCGAGACAGGAGGAUGGUCGACCGCUGGAAGGUAGAAAAGACGGUAGCUGUGAGUGGGUUUGGUUUGGACUACCUGCCUGCUGCGUCGUCCUCUUCAGACCACCGAACCCCUGAGAACAGCUGGCACCAGGGGAACGCCCCCAGUAGCUCCUGGGCCGCCCAGGAGUUGCCCAUGGAAGACUCCUCCACUGUGCUCCUGGACAGUCUGAAGUCCAUCUGGUCCAGCUCCAUGAUGCAGCCGGGGCCGUCGGCCCUGGAGCAGCUCCUCAUGCAGCAGAAGCAGAAGCAGCAGAGGGGCCGGGGCACCAUGAACCCUCCACACUGAAGGGCCUGCAGUCAGAAGCACUUGUGUGAAGAAGUAAGAAGUAAAAAAAAAACGAGCUCCAAAUCGGAAUUACCGGCAUAUGGAGGCUGGGGAAGGCGAAACGAUGACCCAACAGGCUCAAAACACCCCUCGGCUGAUGAGGAGGACCGGUGCAAGUCUACUCUCCCCUCUCUCUCUCUGUGCCUCCCAUGGCAACGAGGGUGUGCAAGCACCUCCCACACCACCUCACUGAGCACGAAGCUACUGCGGGGUCCAAUUUGCAGGAUUCUUACAUUGAGGAAACUGAAAACCUCUUGACAGCCAGUCACCAUGCAUACCUCCUGAAUUCCUCUGGAGAGUGUGGGAAUAAACAACCAUCCUUCAGUCCAUCUCACUUGGAUUCCAUGUAUCUGGUCUCCUCUGAAAACUAUUGUUGAGCUGCUCUUGGUGUGGAUUUACUAUCAGUCUGUCUUGAUUUGUCUACUGUACAAGAGAGGAGCAUAAAGGUGGUGCGGGGUGUUUUGGGAAGGCAAGGUGGGCCUAAAACGGUAGAUGUGGUGAAAAGAAGAAAGACUGAUCUUUCUGAAUUCUUGACAAAAUUUUCUUUAUCUCGGAUGGAGAAAGAGGAGGAGGGGGAGUGUGGCUCGAUGUAGCUGGGUAAUGAAUGAACGAAUGAAGGCGUUAACAGCUAUAUUGCCACAGUCAUUGGUAAAAAGUGGGGGGAAAGCGUGCAUAUCUUACUGUGCACAGAACCGUUUGAAAAUGAGAAGCAGAUUAUGCUAUAGAUGCGAUUUUCCAGUUUGCUGAUUGGACUGCAGAUUGUUCCUUUCUGUAAAUGUUUUGCAAGGAGGGAAGUGCAUCUUCAGGUCAGUUGAGGAUGAUGGGAACUCUUCACAAGCUCACCACAAUGUUCGCUCAACAACAAAAUAAUCAACAAACAGACGGGGAUUGGAAAAUAGAUGUAGGGAUAGUAUUAUUAGCUGCAAUAGAGAUUGCAAUUAUUAGAAAUACUGUAUUUUGUGAUUUGUUCGUAGCAGUUUUAGCUUUAUGAAAUACUGGGUAACUAUGUCCAAUAGUUUACUGCUUAUGGGGAAAGUAGAUAUUUAUAUGUUCCGCUUUCCCCUUGCUUCUUUCUCUUUACCCAUCUUUCUUUGAGUAAAAAUGUAACUCUAGCUUACCUGCAUAAUUGUUUAUUUCGUUCAUGGUCUGCCUUUUAAUAGUUUUAAGCAGCUUUAUUGGCUCUUUGUGCCUGGUCAGUGUUUUUAUUUUAUUAUUACUAUCAUGGUUGGCACUGUCAUGUAAUAGAAACAAGCAAACGGGUCCAGCAAAGCUGCUGGUUCAGCAAUAUGGGGCACAAGCCAAGCGAGACACAGACCAUCAGACAGACAGUUGGGCUGGGCUAUGGCUGGGGGACAGAGGGCAGGUGUAGUCCCCGACUCCCCUACCUGGCGUAGAACAGGAGAGAGAGACUGAUUUGUGCUAACCUCUUCACAACCACUACUAUAAUCACAACAGUUAUCGAAUUAAAACAUAUUAGGCCCUGGAGACUUGCAUGCUUGGUUUGCUUGUCUAAAGUCGUAGCUCAGCUUUUUACAUACCUCUGUGGUGUGUAACUAAUUGAACUAAUUGUUUGGUAUUAAGUUUCUGUCACUUGGGGUACGCCAGUGUGAAUCUGUUAUCGGGUAAGUUCCUCUGAUGUCACAACAGAAACGCCCAAGCCAGAUAAUGACUUUUUCCCCAAAUAAUGAAAUCCCUGAAGCACUGAGCGACAAUCAGCAGACCAAGAGAGGCUCUCCAGGAACAGGGUUAGAGGUCAGUUGUCUAGGGGUCACUGUUGGAUAGGGUUAGAAAUAUGACGACUAUAUACAGUGGUUCCCUCUUUAUGGUUUAGGCAGCAAAAGGCAUUUUGUAUUUAAAGGGUAUACAAAGACUCAAUAUCUUGUAUGAGGGGAAAAACAUGUUUUUAUUUUCAUGUAGAGAACAUUUUAUUAAACCCAACUUUAAAUGAUGUCUAAUUUCUGUGUGAUUGUGCUUUUCCUGUUGCAUUAAAAUUGUAUUUAAAAAUAAAAGAGAAAUAGAUUGGACUGAAUGUUGGGACAAAUUCAGCCAGAAGCUAUUACAAAAAAAAAAAAAAAUUGAGCACAUAAAUGCUAGAGGGGAACUGGGCUGUAAAUUUGGCCCUGUUUCUCUCCUGUAUCUGCUCAUUGUAAGGGGUUCUGAUCUGAAAUUUGAGAUGUGUUUGGAUCAUGAACGGUAUUUGUCAGUGGUGUUGAGCUUACCAGUUCCUGCUGUCUAGAUGGGCAGAAGAGGGAGUGAGGGGUAACACACUAGAAUGUUAGAAGAAGCGCUCUGCUCUGGGCAUCCUGCCAUUUACUGCAUUAAUGUGACUCUGCUGCAUCCUUAAUAAACUGACAAAUCUAACUGUGGCUUUGGUUUUACCACAUUAAGGUUUGAGGAAAAGAACCCUGCACUUUGAGCAGUUGUAACAUUCCAUACUUCUAAUAGUCCUGUGGGACAUUACAGGCAAUGAAAAAUGACAGACAGCUAUUAACAGUUCCCUGCACAGCUGACCAACCAACAACAUCAAGCACUGUGUCCCAGUUUAAGUUCAAUAUCAAGGAGAGAAUCACUGAAAGUUUCAAACUCUGCAUGAGGAUUUUGAAUUCAGAAUGCUUUCACGGGUUAUGGGAAGGGAUGUUGCGAGUCCUUUUACCUGUGAGGGGGGAGGGGGAGUGUUUCAUUCAGGAAUGGGCUUGUGUUCUAAGAUUUUUGUGUUUCGUCUUUCUCUAGACAUUCAGAAAUGGUGGAAUCGGCUAUGCCUUUAAAUAAAGUAAACUAUGUUCACCCUA